AAAUGUUGGUUCAGCGUAUAUGCUACAUCCUGAUAUCUAUUCACUUUUGCCUUUUAGGUUUGGAGAGCAGAAUUAGUAUUAUCUGAUUUUGUAUUGCAUAAAAUGUGCAUUUCAUCUGAACUUGAUGGAAUUGUGUCAUUAGAACUUGGUGCUGGAACAGGUAAACAAUAUCUGCCACCUACUUUGGUGCCUUUUUCUACGCAUGUGUUAUGUUUUCCAUAUAAAUAUUAUAUGGUUUGAGUCCCAUGCAUGUAUUAUCAUUUCCUAGCAAUUUAAGAUCUUUGGACAGGUAAGACCGAGAAAGCUUGCUGUAAAUUUUACCAAUAAUUACAAGUUGCAGCUUAAGCUGCAUGUUUUCACAAUUCACACAUUCAACAAUAUGAAGUGUAGAGUUUUUGUUAAACAUCAGCAAACAAGAUUAUCUUAGACUCUUAUCUUCAUGCAUAUGAAUAAAAGUAUCAGCUUAUAAGAAGUUGAUAAAACUUACUGACAAAUUCGCAAUCAUAUUUCCUCGAGCAUAAGUGGAACAAAGAAUAAGAAAAAAUUCCAGUUUUCUAAUUAUAGUUGUCUUUCAAUGUACUUGUGGAUGCAUGAAUCCCAAGAUUUGCAUAGACUAUUGUCUUAGCCGUUUUAUUGUCCAAGGAGCUCAUGUCACAUGAUUAUACAUAUGUUAUAAUGUGCUUUAUUUUGCUGCAUUUACCCAGGGUUGGUAGGUAUGCUGCUUGCUCGUGUUGCUCAGACAGUGUUCCUAACUGGUAUUGCGUGAAUUUUGUCAACAAGAUUUUUCUCCUAAUUGUGACAGACCAAGGGGAUGAGAUCCUUGACUACUGUGCCAGGAAUGUUAGCCUCAAUUCUGGAUUGUUUAAUUCUCGAGCUGCUGUUCAUGUGCGUGAACUCAAUUGGAUGGAUCCUUGGCCUCCUAAAUCUGUUUCGGACAACAUCGCAUCCCUGAAAAAAUAUUCUUGGACCUCCACAGAGUUCGAAGAAGUUCAGGGAGCAUCACUGGUCGUUGCUGCUGAUGUAAUUUAUAGUGAUGAUCUGACAGAUGCACUUUUCAGUGUUUUAGAGAGAUUAAUGUCGGCAGGUUCAGAAAAGGUGUUGUACUUGACAUUGGAGAAGCGGUACAACUUCAGUCUUGAUGAUCUUGAUGUUGUUGCUAAUGGCUAUUCACGUUUCAGAGGUUACUUGAGGCUGGAAGGAGAACACGAACGCUUCCAAUAUGGAAGAUCUCCUUGUUUUGUGGGUAAAUGCAUUGAUCUUACACAAAUUCCUCAGUAUGUAAAGGAGUACGAGAGAGGACAAGAUGUUGAGCUUUGGGAGAUUAGAUACAACAGAAAGAAACAAUUGUAGAAAUCUAGAAAUUCUUGCAACAGUGAUUAGGAUGUAACCCGUGCAUGAAGUUGGUAUGCUUAUGCCAAUAGCAUUGCUGUGUGGGUUUGUGCUUUUUACAUAGUAACAUUAAUAUUUCAUACUUUUGAUUUAUUUCUAUUUUGUUCCUAUGUAAUUUCUAGAUAUUAAUUAUUUGAUAUGUAAGCUUGGUCAUAUUUUACAUAUUAGAUGCAUAAUUAAAUUAACUUUAAUUGUAUCUUCUAUUUCACUAUCACAGAUUUGUGUUCCCACU